AGACAAUGGUUUAGUCCGCGGCGCGCUCAGGAGAUUUGGCGCUCGAGUCUCUCCCGCCUAAGUCCGCCGCGCUAGCGGCUCCUGACCGCCCUUUUGCUGCUCCUAAUGUCGGCUUGCACCCCUUGAACCGGCAGCCAUGUGCGAGGAGGAGAACCAGGUCGCCGAGGAACUUUUCAAGGAGGUCAAAUUCUACGUGGUGGGGGACAUUGACCCGAAGGUGGUGCAGCUGUUGAAAGAGGGCAAGGGUAAAGAGGUGUCCUACAAUGCUCUGGCUACUCACAUCAUCGCCGAGGACGGAGACAACCCGGAAGUGGGAGAAUCUCGGGAGGUUUUCGACCUUCCCGUGGUCAAGCCAUCCUGGGUGAUACUGUCAGUGCGAUGUGGAGACCUGUUGCCAGUCACUGGCUUCUCUCCUGAAUCUGGACAGAUCUUCUUCGGUGUAACCGCCUGUCUUCCUCGGCUUCCGGAAGACCUCAAUGCAUUGUGGGCCUACAUGACCUUCUAUGGUGGCGAGUGUCAGCUCAACCUCAACAAGAAGGUCACACACCUGGUGGUCAAGGAGCCCAAGGGGGCCAAGUUUGAGUGUGCCAUGAAACACCACGGCAUCAAGAUAGUCACCCCGGACUGGAUCUUGGAUUCUGUCAGAGCCAAGAGCCGCAGUGAGGAGUCCCUGUACCACCCCCGACUCACCUACAUGGAGGACGAGGAGGACAGCGAGGCCGAGUCCUACGACCAGCGCUCGGAUGGAAGCUACAGCCCGCGGCGCUCCAGGAGGUCCAGCGGCGCCUCGUCCCAAGAGUCCAGCCCCCACAGGCGACCGGGCCCCAAAAAACUCAACUCCGUCUCCCCGUCGUCGCCGCGGAAACCCGAGAGUCGUAGCGAGCGCAUGUUCGACGACUCCGACGACGACCUGUCCACGGAGAAGGAGGGCACCAACCUCAACUGGACCCCGGCGGAGGUCGUGGCUCCCGCCCCCCCCUUUCCUGGCGGCACGGCCAGGAGGCGAGGCGGACCGCCCGGCGCCAAGGACCCCGUGUCCUCCGCAGGCGGGCUCAUCAACCUGUGUGCCGCGGUUCCUCCAGUACCUGGAAGUGUUGCCAUGCCGACAGAGGCCCGCACGGCGACCGCCAUCAGUCAGAACUCACAAGGAGGUGUGUCAGUUCCAGAGGGAAUCCCUGGUUGGAGUCCAGCAGCGGCCAGGACGCUACGGAACAUUACCAACAACUCUGACAUGCAGCCCAUCAUCCGACCUGCCAGCGUAGCACAUAUCAUCCAGAACCUGAACCAAGGAAAGCCAUUGGAGCACCAGACCAAUCAGAGCCAUUCCCAGACGCUCAACACUGCCAACACGCUGCUCUUCAAUCAGUCCAAAAUAGCCGGCCAGCAGCAGCAGCAGCAGCUCAUGCAACAGUCGACCCAGCAGCACCAUCAACAGUUACCGCAGCAACAGCAGCACCCCAUGAUGCAACUGCAGCAGCAGCAGCAGCAUCAGAUGAUGCAGUUGCACCACCAACAGUCGCAAGUUGCACAGCAGCAGCUGUUUCCACAGCAGCAGCAGCAGCAGCAUCAGUUCCUGCAGCAGCAACAGUUGCACCAACAGCAGAUGUUCUCGCAGCAACAACAGCAGCAGCAGCAUUCCUUCCCUCAGCAGCAGCAGCAGCUGCGCCCUCCGCAGCUUUUGCGGCCCGGUGUGCAGCAGCUGCAGCAGCAACAGGCCCUGCAGCAGCAGCUGCAACAGUUCCAGCAGCAGCAACGCAUGCAGAUAUUGCAGCAGCAGCAACAGCAACAACAAAACCAUCAGCAGUUGCACCAACAACAUCUGCAGCAGCAGCAGCAGCAGCAGCAGCAGCAGCACUUCCUGCAGCAGCAGCAGCACAUCCAGCAGAUGCAGCAGCAGCAGCAGCUGCAGAACCAGCACCAGCAGGCCAUGCAGCACCAGAACCAGCAGGCCCUGCAACAACAACAACAACAACAACAACAACAACAGAUUGUGCAGCAGCCUGCUCACGUCUCCUUGUUUGGACACGAGCAAGGAACAGAAAUACCACAGGACGGCUUCCUGCUGGGCUGCGUGUUCGCCAUCGCCGACUACCCCGAGCAGAUGGCGGACAAACAACUUCUGUCCACGUGGAAACGGGUGAUCCAGGCGUGUGGGGGUGCUGUUGACUCCUCCCUGACCAGCCGCUGCACACACCUGCUGUGUGAGAGUCAGGUCAGCAACAUGUAUGUGCAGGCCCUCCGAGAGGGCAAACGCUGCGUCACGGCACACUGGCUCAACACCGUGCUGAAGAGGAAGAGGAUGGUGCCUCCUCAUCGCACGCUACAUCUGCCCUUCGCCUUCCCUCCUGGGGCCAAACCUUGCUCUCAACAUAUCAUAUCGGUGACGGGCUUCGUGGACGCUGACCGUGACGACCUGAAGCUGAUGGCGUACUUGGCGGGGGCCAGGUAUACUGGAUACUUGUGUCGCAGCAACACUGUGCUCAUCUGCAAGGAACCCGGUGGACUGAAGUACGAGAAGGCCAAGGAGUGGAAGAUCCCCUGUGUCAACGCUCAGUGGCUCUGUGACGUCCUGCUGGGCAACUUUGAAGCUCUCAGGCAGAUCCUGCACAGUCGCUACUCCAUCUACACGCACCCUGAACCACUGGUGCCCAACCUGCAGCUGGUCCAGAACCUGCUGGGUCCUUGGAGAAUACCGAUCAAAGUGUCUCCAGAAGCGUUGGCGAGCAUGCAGCAGCUGCAGAAACAGAAGCUGCUGGACUCCAGCAGCCAACCUGCCAGCAAAAAGCCCCGGCUGGAGGAGAUCCAGUCCCCCGGCAAGAAGCUCCCGCCCGAGUCCACUCCGCGGGUCAUGUUGACGGGGUUCGAGCCCACACAAGUGCAGCAGUACACUAAGAGGCUGCAUGCUUUAGGUGGGGAAGUGUCGGACAGCAGCCAGAAGGCGACUCACCUGCUGGCCAGUAAAGUCAAGCGCACAGUCAAGUUCCUCAGCGCCAUGUCUGUGGUCCAGCACGUGGUCACCCCCGACUGGCUGGAGGAGAGCUGGAGGAGCCAAAAGUUUGUGGACGAGCAGAGCUACAUCCUGAGGGACGCCGAGGCCGAGGUCCUCUUUGGCUUCAGUCUGGAAGAGUCCCUGAAGAAAGCUCACACUGCAGCACUUUUUAAGGGCAAGUACUUCUACCUGACACCAGGCAUGUGUCCCAGCCUGAGCACCAUGAAGUCCAUCGUAGAAAGUGCCGGAGGGAAGCUGCUGGCCAAACAACCCUCCUACAAAAAGAUGAUGGAACACAAACACAACAAGAACCUUCCAGAAAUAAUCUUGAUCUCCUGCGACAACGAUCUCCAUCUGUGCAGAGAAUAUUUCCUCAAAAACAUCGACGUCCACAACGCCGAGUUCAUCCUGACGGGAGUUCUCACCCAGAAACUGGACUACGAGUCAUAUAAAUUCACUUGAAAGGAAGAUUGAAGAGGACGACCUUGAAGAAAUGUAAUAAUAAUAAUAAUAAUAAUAUAAGUGAAGUAACUUUCAUGUCUGACUACUGUUUUUACUGUGCAUAGACUUUUAUAUCUUUUCUCAUAAUGAUGUUAUUUUUGUCAAAUGAUGCAAUAUUUUAUUCUUCUUCUCUCGCUGCUUUUUGCAAUAAAUAUUUGUCAACAUUC